UGCUUCGCCUUUCUCGGUCCUCCCCCUAUUUGGAGCGCGACGCGGAGUUCUCGUGUUGCGGCGGCGGCGGCGGCGGCAGCAGCAGCAGGAGCCUCGCCUUCUGUGGGUGGCAUUGCAAGGCCGGAUUGGAGAAGGGGGGGGGUGCCGAACGACGUUUGCUCGCGGCUUGUUCGGGGUGGGGGCCACAGCCUUUGAGGAUUUGCCUCCUUUGAAGAAGCGAUCACCCCUCCCCUCCCCUCCCCCCCCGGCUCUCUUCGCCUCCAUGACCGCGGCGACCCCGUCUGGAUCCGGCUGCGCUUUCUUGCGACGGGGAGGACCGUGGGAAGGAGAACAAGGAACGGAGCCCGCCUGACUCGGCUCCGCGCGCGCGGAUCGGAUCUCGGUGGAGUUACUGCGGAGGAGAGAAAGACCUCCUCCCCGAAAAACAACAACAAUCCGGGCUUUGUUUUUCUUCUUCGUGUGGUUUUCUUGUCUCCCUGCGAGCGAGGAGAGGAGAAGGAAAUCGUUGCAGCCCCGGCGGCCAGGGAAAGAGCAACCGGGUGGAUUUGCAAGGAAGUACCCCCCCCCCCAACACUCCGCGGCAUUUGUCUCGUCUCCUGCUCUGCCCGAGGGAGCUUUUCUGGUGGAUCUGCUAACAAAAAGAAAAGCCCAGCCGUCCACCGGCUUCGGAGUAGCUGCGGAUUGUGCGUGUGAACGCGCGCGCUUGGGUGUACACAAACGGAGGGGCGCCGUUGUUAGAAGGAGGCGUUCGUCUCUUGCCUUCGUCCUCGAGCGGCGGCGGGGAGCCUUUCCGAGCCCGGGGAGGGGGGGUAGGAUGCCCGGAAGGGGCGGCGGCUCCCCCUCGCCCGCCAUCGCCGCUGCCCACCCGGGGGAAGCCCGGCCGUCGUCGUCUCUGCUGCUGCUGAGCUCGGACGACGAGGAGGCGCGUCAGGCUCUCGGCCGUGGCGGCGGCGGCUGCUGAGGCGCCCGCGCUCGCCUCCUUUGUCCAGGCUCCGGAGGGACCGUCGCUCCGAUCGCGGGGCCGGCCAUGUAUCCUCAAGGGAGGCACCCGGCACCCCACCAGCCUGGCCAGCCAGGCUUCAAAUUCACCGUUGCCGAAUCCUGCGACAGGAUUAAGGACGAGUUCCAGUUCCUGCAGGCUCAGUACCACAGUCUUAAAGUAGAGUACGACAAGCUUGCGAAUGAAAAGACAGAGAUGCAGCGCCACUAUGUGAUGUACUAUGAAAUGUCUUAUGGCUUGAACAUUGAAAUGCACAAGCAGACGGAGAUCGCUAAAAGGCUGAACACCAUUCUAGCCCAGAUCAUGCCUUUUUUGUCACAAGAGCACCAACAGCAAGUGGCUCAGGCUGUUGAGCGUGCCAAGCAGGUCACGAUGACGGAGCUGAACGCCAUCAUCGGGGUACGUGGAGUUCCCAAUCUGCCUCUCACCCAGCAGCAGCUCCAGGCCCAGCACCUCUCCCAUGCGGCCCACGGCCCCCCUGUGCAGCUCCCGCCUCACCCCUCGGGCCUGCCGCCACCUGGGAUCCCACCGGUCACGGGGAGCAGCUCAGGGCUACUGGCUCUCGGGGCGCUGGGGAGCCAAGCCCACUUGACGGUGAAAGAUGAGAAGAACCACCACGACCUGGACCACCGAGAUCGGGAUGCCAGUGCAAAUAACUCCAUCUCCCCAUCAGAGAGUUUGAGAGCCAGCGAGAAGCACAGGAAUCCCACUGACUACAGCAUCGAUUCCAAGAAGCGGAAAGCGGAGGAGAAGGACAGCAUGAGCCGAUAUGACAGCGACGGUGACAAGAGUGAUGACUUGGUGGUGGACGUCUCCAAUGAGGAUCCUGCUACGCCUCGGGUGAGCCCUGUCCACUCACCUCCGGAGAACGGGAUCGACAAAGCCCGUGGCUUGAAGAAGGAUGCCCCCAACAGCCCUGCCUCGGUGGCCUCAUCCAGCAGCACCCCUUCCUCCAAGACUAAAGACCUGGGCCAUAACGACAAAUCUUCCACCCCAGGGCUGAAGUCCAACACCCCUACUCCAAGGAACGAUGCCCCAACGCCUGGGACAAGCACCACCCCGGGCCUUCGGCCGAUGCCAGGCAAGCCAUCUGGAAUGGAUCCCUUAGCAUCUGCCCUGAGGACACCCAUCUCCAUCGCCGGUUCCUAUGCCACCCCCUUUGCCAUGAUGGGGCACCAUGAGAUGAACGGCUCCCUCACCAGCCCUGGGGCCUACGCUAGCCUUCACAACAUCCCGCCUCAGAUGACGGCUGCCGCCGCCGCUGCUGCCGCUGCCUAUGGCCGGUCGCCAAUGGUGAGCUUUGGAGCUGUUGGUUUCGACCCGCAUCCGCCGAUGAGGACCCCCGUCCUGUCCACCAGCCUGGCGUCCAUCCCUGGCGGGAAGCCAGCCUACUCCUUCCACGUGAGUGCCGAUGGGCAGAUGCAACCCGUCCCAUUUCCUCACGACGCCCUGGCUGGCCCCGGCAUCCCCCGGCAUGCCCGUCAGAUCAACACGCUGAGCCAUGGCGAGGUGGUAUGUGCUGUGACCAUCAGCAACCCAACCCGCCACGUGUACACCGGUGGGAAAGGAUGUGUGAAGAUUUGGGAUAUCAGCCAGCCUGGCACCAAGAGCCCCAUCUCCCAGCUGGAUUGCUUGAACAGGGACAACUAUAUCCGCUCCUGCAAGCUCCUCCCAGACGGGCGCACACUGAUUGUGGGGGGUGAGGCCAGCACCCUCACCAUCUGGGACCUGGCCUCCCCCACCCCCAGGAUCAAGGCAGAGCUGACCUCCUCCGCCCCCGCCUGCUAUGCCUUGGCCAUCAGCCCGGACGCCAAAGUCUGCUUCUCCUGUUGCAGCGACGGCAACAUUGCUGUUUGGGAUCUCCAUAACCAAACACUGGUCAGGCAAUUCCAAGGCCACACAGACGGUGCCAGCUGCAUUGACAUCUCCCACGACGGCACCAAGCUCUGGACGGGAGGCCUGGACAACACAGUGCGGUCCUGGGAUCUCCGGGAAGGCAGGCAGCUGCAGCAGCACGACUUCACCUCCCAGAUCUUCUCGCUGGGCUACUGCCCCACAGGGGAAUGGCUGGCUGUGGGCAUGGAGAGCAGCAACGUGGAAGUUCUUCACCACACCAAGCCGGACAAAUACCAGCUCCACCUUCACGAGAGCUGCGUCCUGUCGCUGAAGUUUGCCUACUGCGGGAAGUGGUUUGUGAGCACCGGGAAAGAUAACCUCCUCAAUGCUUGGAGGACUCCCUAUGGAGCAAGCAUAUUCCAGUCGAAAGAAUCUUCUUCUGUCUUGAGCUGCGACAUUUCGGCGGACAACCAGUACAUCGUCACGGGCUCGGGGGACAAGAAGGCCACGGUCUACGAGGUGAUCUACUGAGCCCAGGGGAUUCUGCAGGGCCACCACACUCCAAGCAGACUGCGAUCCGACCAGGCGGUGGUCGGGACUCCAGCAGGCAGAUGGAGAGUGCCUGAGCACGUUCCCAUGAUGCUCUCUGUUGUGGAAGCUGCGCCACCUGGCUGUGGGGCUGGGGGAGAUCUUCCGUCACCCUCUUGGGGUUGCUGCUGCUCUGGUGGCGAUUGAGACCUUGGCGCUUGGUCCAGCUGUGCGGGAUUUUGCAAACGUCUUCUCCGGAGACCUCAGCUGGCUUGUGGUUUUUCCUGGUUUUUAACUUCUUGGUUCUCAUGCCUGUGAUCUCGGGAAGCAAACUCUGGACCAGAUUUGCUUCCCGGCAGAGACUCUUCCUCCUUUGUCUCUCCGUAAGACUUGUGGGAAAUGUAAAUAGCGGACGAGUUUUAAUACGGUGGGGGACUCCUCCUGGCCUCGGGGGCCAGCUCUGUAUUUUUUUUUCUCUCCUUACUUUGGUCUGCUGUAACUGUAUUCCACUGGGGUUUUGCUUUUUGGUUUUGGUGGCCAUCUUUCUCCUGCCCCCCCCUUCCAAACCCUCAUUUGGUAGAGAGACUCUGCUGACCCACCACUUGCCCCCAGCGGGAGCGAAAUUGCCCUCCAACACCCCAUCUUCUAUUGCCGUACCUGUGAAGCAUCCGCUGUCUCUUUUUCCAAGACCCGAGCCCUUGUCCGGAUUGCAACCUUCAGCCGCUGACGGGCGGCAGCAACGGAACAAUCCCCACCGUCUUCUAUAGGGAUUCUUCUUUUUAUUUUUUAAAAGCACUUCCGUCUUUGGAGCGAAGCAAUGAGAGGUCCGUGUCCGGAUAGGUUUUGGACCCCACCAUGCCUGUCACAUGCGGCCUUCAGGCCUAGAUGCUGAGGAAGGGGUUUCAAGAAAGCAACGUUCAACAAUAUGCUCAGGGAGCCAGAGAGAAAGAAAGAAAAAAGAUAAUAGCAACUUGUGUGGGCUUUUUUAUUUUAUUUUAAACACUCCAAUGAAAGUAAAAGUGAUAGAGAUGGUAACGUUUAAAUGCAGGUUGUUGUUGUUUUUAAAAAGUUUACUAACACGAAGCGAUUUCUGUGCGACGGGGACUGGGGGUGGCGUUGGCAUCUAGUGGGGGUUUCGUGUGGCUUUGGCAAAUCUUCCCUCUCCCAGCCUCUUGGAUCAAGUGAAAGUGGGAGGGGAGGAGGAGGGAGACUCGCCCUCCUGAGGUUUUUUGUACUAAAGGAGAAAAUAAAAUUUAAACACGGGAAAAAAUCUACGUAUUUGUGUAGCAGAAGAUCUUGCCCUGUAAUGUAGCAUAUGGAAGAGAAUUUUUAUACCACAUUUUUAUGGAUUAUUUUUUAAUUUUUGAUUUUGAUCUGGUUUAAGAAAAAAAAUACAAAACACUAUGGCUUAAAAGAUGAAAAAAACUACCUGUUUUUAUUAAAGGCCAUGCCGGUGCAUAAAGGAC